CAGCAGCUACAGCAGCAACUACAGCAGCAGCAGCAGCUCCAGCAACUACAGCAGCACCAUGCCGGGCCCAAUGCGGUCACAGCCACCGGCCAAGGUGACCCCGGGCCGUGUCACGGCCGCUCCGACCGUCACGAAGGCGGCGGCGGCGGCUGCGCCUGCGACCGCCCCUGUCAAGGCGUCGUCGGUGGACGUGGAUGCCGAGCAGUAUCUGUUCGUGGACAAAGGCGCCGUGAACAACCCCGCGGCGCAGGCCGACUGGAGCGCCAAGCGGCUGGUGUGGGUGCCCUCCGAGACGCAUGGAUUCGAGGCGGCCAGCGUCAAAGAGGAAAAGGGCGACGAGGUGCUGGUGGAGCUGGUGGAGAGCAGCAAGAAGGUCACCGUGAGCCAGGGAGACGUCCAGAAGAUGAACCCGCCCAAGUUCUCCAAGGUGGAGGACAUGGCGGAGCUCACGUGCCUCAACGAAGCGUCCGUGCUGCACAACCUCAAGGAUCGCUACUACUCGGGGCUUAUCUACACGUACUCGGGCCUCUUCUGCGUGGUGGUGAACCCGUACAAGUUCUUGCCCAUCUACUCGGAGAAGAUCGUGGAGAUGUACAGGGGCAGGAAGCGACACGAGAUGCCACCACACAUCUACGCCAUCACCGACUCCGCCUACCACAGCAUGCUGCAGGAUCGUGAAGAUCAGUCCAUUCUUUGCACUGGUGAGUCCGGCGCUGGGAAAACCGAGAACACCAAGAAGGUCAUCCAGUUCCUGGCCCACGUCACCUCGUCCCACAAGAGCAAGAAGGACAACACCAUCACGGGUGAGCUGGAGAAGCAGCUGCUGCAGGCGAACCCGAUCCUGGAGGCGUUCGGCAAUGCCAAGACGGUGAAGAACGACAACUCCUCCCGCUUCGGCAAGUUCAUCAAGAUCAACUUUGACGUGACGGGCUACAUCGUGGGUGCAAACAUCGAGACCUACCUCCUGGAGAAAUCUCGCGCGGUGCGUCAAGCGAGAGACGAGCGCAGCUUCCACAUCUUCUACUACCUCGUCGCAGGCGCCAGCGAUAAGCAGAAGGAGGAGUUCUUGCUGGAGGAGUUCACCAAGUAUCACUUCAUGUCUUUCGGCUACGUGCCCGUGCCUGGCCAGUCGGACCAGGAGAUGCUCAUUGAGACCGUCGAUGCCAUGGCGAUCAUGGGCAUCAGCCAGGAGGAGCUCAGCUCCAUCUUCAAGGUGGUGUCGGCCGUACUCCAGUUCGGAAACAUCGAGUUCAAGAAGGAGAGGAACACAGACCAGGCCUCCAUGCCGGACAACACGGCCGCGCAGAAGGUGAGCCACCUGCUGGGCAUGCCGGUGACGGAGUUCACGCGCGCCAUCCUCACGCCGCGCAUCAAGGUCGGCCGUGACGUCGUACAGCGGGCGCAGACCAAGGAGCAGGCCGACUUCGCUGUAGAGGCGCUGGCCAAGGCGCUGUACGACCGCCUGUUCCGCUGGCUCGUCUUCCGCGUGAACAAAACCCUGGACAAGACCCACCGGCAGGGCGCCUCCUUCAUCGGCAUCCUCGACAUCGCCGGCUUCGAGAUCUUCGAGCUGAACUCGUUCGAGCAGCUGUGCAUCAACUACACGAACGAAAAGCUGCAGCAGCUGUUCAACCACACGAUGUUCAUCCUGGAGCAGGAGGAGUACCAGCGGGAGGGCAUCGAGUGGAACUUCAUCGACUUCGGACUCGACCUGCAGCCCUGCAUCGAGCUCAUAGAGCGCGCGAACAACCCGCCCGGCGUCCUGGCGCUGCUGGACGAGGAGUGUUGGUUCCCGAAGGCGACGGACAAGAGCUUCGUGGACAAACUGGGGCAGGAGCAGGGGAGCAACCCCAAGUUCCAGAAGCCGCGGCAAGUGAAGGAGAAGUGCGACUUCAUCAUCGUCCACUACGCCGGCAAGGUGGAGUACCAGGCAGACCAAUGGCUCACCAAGAACAUGGACCCACUGAACGACAACGUGGCGUCGCUGCUCAACCAGUCGUCCGACAAGUUCGUGGCCGAGCUCUUCAAGGACGUUGACCGCAUCGUGGGGCUGAACCAGGCGGCGAACCUGGGGGGAGACUCCGGCUUCGGCGGGGCCGCGUCCAAGACCAAGAAGGGGAUGUUCCGCACGGUGGGGCAGUUGUACAAGGAGCAGCUGGGCAAGCUCAUGUCCACGCUGCGCAGCACCAACCCCAACUUCGUGCGCUGCAUCAUCCCCAACCACGAGAAGCGGUCUGGCAAGUUGGAGAGCCACCUCGUCCUGGAGCAGCUGCGAUGCAACGGAGUCCUGGAGGGGAUCCGCAUCUGCCGCCAGGGAUUCCCCAACCGCGUCGUCUUCCAGGAGUUCCGGCAGCGGUACGAGAUCCUGACCCCUCACGCAAUCCCCAAGGGAUUCAUGGACGGCAAGCAGGCGUGCGACCUCAUGAUCAAAUCCCUGGAACUGGAUUCGAACUUGUUCCGCAUCGGCCAAAGCAAAGUGUUCUUCCGUACGGGAGUUCUUGCUCACCUGGAGGAGGAGCGCGACAUGAAAAUCACCGACAUCAUCAUCGCCUUCCAGUCGCUGUGCCGGGGCUACCUGUCGCGCAAGGCGCACGCUCGCAAGAUGCAGCAGAUGAGCGCGCUGAAGAUCCUGCAGCGCAACUGCGCGGCCUACCUCAAGCUUCGCAACUGGCAGUGGUGGCGCCUCUUCACCAAGGUGAAGCCGCUGCUGCAGGUGACUCGUCAGGAGGAGGAGCUGCAAGCUCGCGACGAGGAGCUGAAGAUGACGCGCGAGAGGCAGCAGAGGGCAGAGGCCAUGCUGCACGAGCUGGAGUCCAAACACGGCCAGCUGGUGGACGAGAAGCAGAUCCUGGCGGAGCAGCUGCAGGCCGAGAUCGAGCUGUGCGCCGAGGCGGAGGAGAUGCGUGUCCGCCUCGAGGUGAAGCGUCAAGAGCUGGAGGAGAUCCUUCACGAGCUGGAGGCGCGCGUCGAGGAGGAAGAGGAACGCUCCCAGACGCUGGCGCUCGACAAGAAGAAGAUGCAGCAGCAUCUCCAGGACCUGGAGGACCAGCUGGACGAGGAGGAGACGGCGCGCCAGAAGCUGCAGCUGGAGAAGGUGACAGCGGAGUCCAAGAUCAAGAAGAUGGAGGAGGACCUCAUCAUGCUCGAUGACCAGCACAGCAAGCUGGGCAAGGAGAAGAAGCAGCUAGAGGAGCGCGUGGCCGAGUUCACCUCUCACCUGGCCGAAGAGGAGGAGAAGGUGAAGUCUCUGAGCAAGGUGAAGGCCAAGCAGGACGCCAUCAUCGCCGACAUGGAGGACCGGCUCAAGGACGAGGAGAAGUCGCGGCAGGAGCUGGAGAAGUCCAAGCGGAAGCUGGAGGCCGAAGGCUCCGACCUGCAGGACCACAUCGCUGAGCUGCAGCGGCAAAUCGAGGACCUCAAAGCUCAGCUCGCCAAGAAAGAGCACGAACUGCAGGCGGCCACCACCAGGGGCGACGACGAGGCGGCACAGAAGACCAACGCGUUGAAGCUGGUGCGGGAGCUGCAGGCCCAGCUGGCCGAGCUGCAGGAGGACCUGGAGGCGGAACGGGCGGCGCGGGCCAAGGUGGAGAAGCUCAAGAGGGACCUGGGCGAGGAGCUGGAGGCCCUCAAGACGGAGUUGGAGGACACCUUGGACACCACCGCGGCCCAGCAGGAACUCAGGGCGAAGCGCGAGCACGAGGUGGCGGAACUGCGGCGAGCGCUGGAGGAGGAGGUGCGGUCUCACGAGUCGCAAGUCCAGGAGAUGCGCAAGCGACACACGCAGACGCUGGAGGAGAUGACCGAGACGCUGGAGAGCGUCAAGAGGGCCAAGGUGACCCUGGAGAAGACGAAGCAGGGCCUGGAGGUGGAGAAGCAGGAGCUGCUGCACGAGGUGAAGGGCCUGCAGGCGGCGCGCUCCGACCUGGAGCACCGGCGUAAGAAGCUGGAGACGCAGCUGCAGGAGGCGACCGGCAAGCACGUGGAGACGGAGCGCGAGCGCCUGGAGCUGGUGGAGCGCUCCUCCCGCCUCCAGGUGGAGCUGGACAACGUGACGUCCAUCCUGACGCAGACAGAGACCAAGGUGCUCAAGCUGUCCAAGGACGUGGCGAGCGUGCAGACGCAGCUACAGGACGCCCAGGAGCUGCUGCAGGAGGAGACGCGGCAGAAGCUGCAGAUGAGCACCAAGGCGCGCCAGCUGGAGGAGGAGAAGGCCGGGCUGGCCGAGCAGCUGGAGGACGAGGAGGAGGCGCGCAGAGCCACGGAGAAGCAGCUCUCCUCCAUCACGCUGCAGCUGUCGGACUCGAAGCGUCGGCUGGAGGAGGCCGGCGCGGCCCAGGAGACGCUCGAGGAGUCGAGGCGCAAGCUGGCCAAGGAGGUGGAGGUGCUGACGCAGAGCCUGGAGGAGAGGACGGCGGCCUGCGACAAGUCGGACAAGACGCGCAACCGCCUGCAGCAGGAGCUCGAGGACGUCCUCAUGGACCUGGACCACCAGCGGCAGGUGGUGGCCACGCUGGAGAAGAAGCAGAAGAAGUUCGACCAGAUGCUGGCGGAGGAGAAGGCGGUGUCGUCGCGCUACGCGGACGAGCGCGACCGAGCGGAGGCGGAGGCUCGCGAGCGGGAGACCCGGGCGCUGUCGCUCGCCCGGGAGCUCGACGAGGCGUCGUCCGCCCGCGACGACCUCGAGAAGGCCAACCGCUCCCUGCGCGCCGAGAUGGACGACCUCGUCAGCUCCAAGGACGACGUCGGCAAGAGCGUGCACGAGCUGGAGAAGUCGAAGCGGGCGCUGGAGCAGCAGGUGGGCGAGAUGAAGACGCAGCUGGAGGAGCUGGAGGACGAGCUGCAGGCCACGGAGGAUGCCAAGCUGCGGCUGGAGGUGACGCUGCAGGCGCUGCGGGCGCAGUUCGACCGCGACCUGCAGCAACGCGACGAGAGCAACGAGGAGAAGGCGCGGACGCUGGCCAAGCAGGUGCGCGAGCUCGAGUCGGAGCUGGAGGACGAGCGCAAGCAGCGGGCGGCGGCAGGCGGGGCGAGGAAGAAGCUGGAGGGAGACCUCGUGGACAUGGAGGGGCAGCUCGACGCCUCCAACAAGGCCCGCGAGGAGGCCGUGAAGCAGCUGCGCAGGCUGCAGGCUCAGCUGAAGGAUGUGCAGCGGGAGGCGGAGGAGGCGAACAGCUCGCGCGAGGAGGUGGCCGCACAGGCGCGCGAGAAGGAGAAGAAGAUGAAGAACCUGGAGACGCAGCUGCUGCACCUGCAGGAGGAGUUGGCGGCGGCUGAGCGGGCGCGCCGCACCGUGGAGCAGGAGAGAGACGAUCUGGCCGAGGAGAUCGCGGGAAACACGAGCGGCAAGUCGGCCAUGAUGGACGACAAGCGGCGCCUGGAGGCGAGGAUCUCGCAGCUGGAGGAGGAGCUGGAGGAGGAGCAGGGCGUGACGGAGCUCUCCAACGAGCGGCUACGCAAGGCUGUCGCGCAGGCAGAGCAGCUGAGCUCGGAGCUGACCGGCGAGCGUGGGCAGUCGCAGCGGGCCGAGAGCGCUCGCCAGCAGCUCGAGCGCCAGAACAAGGAGCUGCAGGUGAAGCUGCAGGAAAUGGAGGCGGCCUUCCGCUCCAAGGCCAAGUCGUCGCAGGCCGCGCUCGAGGCCAAGAUUGGCCAGCUGGAGGAGCAGCUCGACGUGGAGACCAAGGAGAGAGCCAACGCCAACAAGAAGCUGCGAAGCUCGGACAAGCGGCUCAAGGACGUCCUGGGCCAGAUGGAGGACGAGCGACGCCAAGCGGAGCAGCAUAAAGAUCAGCUGGACAAGGCGAACGUGCGGCUGAAGCAGCUGAAGAGGCAGCUGGAGGAGAGCGAGGAGGAGACGAGCCGCGCCAACGCCGCCAAGCGCAAGCUGCAGCGCGACCUCGAGGAGGCCACCGAGGGUCAGGACGCCAUGAGCCGCGAGGUGUCCACCCUCAAGAGCAAGUUGCGGCAAAGCGGCGGCAUUUCCGGCGGCAUCGCUUCGGCGUUCGUCGGCAGCGGCGGCGGCGGCGGCGUCGGCGUCGGCGCCGGCGUCGCCGGCGUGCGCUCGCUGCGACGCAGCGGUGCGCUCCGUGGGAACGACGUCGCCGCCGCGGAGAGCGCCGACGACGAGUUCGACGGGCGGGACAGCGACAGCAGCAGCAAGUACGCGGAGUAGAGCCGCCGUGUGGGUGGUGACGGGCGGGGGGCGGGGGGCGGGGGGCGGGGG